AUGUCAGCAGGGAGGAGUGCUGAUGGGAGGGAGGUGCAGAUUCCCCUCCAGCAGGCGUCGCCCUCCCUCGCAACGCCCCUCUCUGCGGGGCCCGUGGUCAGCGCGCCCUGCCACCGUUCGGCCAAUCCCUGGUCCCCCAGCGAGUCCCCUGCCCCGCAAGGUAACGCCCCUCAGGCGCCGGGCUCCUCAGGUUUCCUGCCUCUCCGCGGGGGGUUCCGAGACCGCUUCGUAGAGACCCCCGAAGCCAAGUACUGCUGCGAGGCCUGCGGGCUGGUCCUGUGUCAGCCCCGCCAGACGGAGUGCGGCCACCGCUUCUGCCAGAGCUGCAUCAGCGACAUCCUCAGCCAUCAAAACCCGGUGUGUCCGGCGGACAUGGAGCCUUUGUUCAAAGACAAGAUCUUUAGGGAUGUUUGCUGCCAUCGUGAAAUUAUGGCGCUGAAGGUAUUCUGUCGCAGUGAAGCCAAAGGCUGCCAGGAGCAGAUGAGUCUGCAUCAGAUACCAGAGCACCUGAACGUGUGCCCGUUCUUCGAGGUUCCCUGUCCGCUGGGGAAAUGCAAAGAGCGAAUGAUGAGGAAAGACAUUCCUGACCACCUGGCAUGGAAAUGCAAAUACAGAGAGACCACCUGUGAGUUCUGCACGACCAAGAUGCCCCUGACCGACCUGCAGAAACACAAAGAGACCGUGUGUCCAGCGUUCCCAGUGUCCUGUCCCAACCACUGCUCCUUCUCCUCCCUGCCCCGGAGUGAGCUGUCCAGCCACCAGCACGACUGUCCCAAAGCCCAGGUCAGCUGCCAGUUCCAGCGCUAUGGCUGUACCUUCAAGGGUCUGAAUCAAGACAUGAGGCAGCACGACUCGACGUCCGCAGCUGAGCAUCUGAGAAUGAUGGCCAACAGGAACAGCUUGCUGGAGAACAAGGUGGAGGACGUCAAAGGGGAGCUCAUGGAUAGAUACAAGGUGCUUCCUGCUCUGAGCAGCCGGCUGUCUGAAGUGGAGAACCAGAACGACGAGCUGAGAGAAAAGAAUCGACAGAUAGAGCAGAAACUGGCCUCCAUGCAGAAUUUGAUGAGCUCCCACUCCGAGAAGCUGAUGGAGUUGGAGCUGGAGCUCCGUUCUCUCCGCCUACUUAGGGAUGACAUGGAGAACCUACGGGGGACCCUGGAGAACGUCAGGACGAGGCUCAGCGCUCUGGAGCAAGGGGGGCGCGGUGGAAGCGGGUCAACACACACUCUGGCGUCCCUGGAAACUCAGCUGAGUCGACAUGACGACAUGCUCAGUGUCCAUGACAUUCGGCUGGCUGACAUGGACCUACGUUUCCAGGUGCUGGAGACAGCAAGCUACAAUGGGACUCUGAUCUGGAAGAUCCGCGAUUACAAGAGACGGAAACAAGAAGCGGUGGCGGGGAAGACGCUCUCGCUUUACUCCCAGCCCUUUUACACCGGUUACUUUGGGUAUAAGAUGUGCGCUCGAGUUUAUCUAAACGGAGACGGCAUGGGCAAGGGGACGCACCUGUCUCUGUUCUUUGUGGUGAUGAAGGGCGAGUACGACGCCCUGCUUCCCUGGCCCUUCAAACAGAAGGUGACUCUGAUGCUAAUGGACCAGGGUCCCUCCAGGAAACACUUGGGAGAUGCCUUCAAACCCGACCCAAACAGCAGCAGCUUCAGGCGUCCAGCAGCAGAAAUGAACAUCGCCUCCGGCUGCCCUCUGUUCGUGGCCCAGAGCGUCCUGGAUACCGGCAGCUACAUCAAAGACGAUACCAUCUUCAUCAAGGUUACAGUGGAUACCUCUGACCUUCCUGACCCGUGAUGUUGUCGUCUCACUGAUCUGACAUCAGUUCACCAGUGCACUCCCAGUGGAGCGAAGGAUGAUGGGAAGGAUCAGUGAUGGCGGAGGCUCCUGGGGCUUAGAGCCACCCCGGCAGGACGGACAGGAAGCAAUCAUUCAAAGUCAACUUUACAGUAACCGCGAGGCAUGUCCUUUUUCGGAACGUCGGUGGACUAUAGUGCCAUGUGUUUGCGCGCAGGGGUGUGUAUGUGUGUGUGAAGGUGUGUCUGAAUGGAUCUAUGCUGUCAUGAUGUCACCGCGGUGACGUCACUCAGAGUCAAAGGGCCGCCGCAGUGAGGGCGCGGUUGUUACUCGUUAAUGAUGCUAUGCAUCGAAAAAUUGACUUCCAGUUUUUAUCUAAUAACUGAGGAUGCAGGGAAAUCACCACUGCCACAGAGGAGCAUCUGGAACCACGGACUACCAGUGAGCAGGACCCAGACGGAAGAGAAGUGCGUAUGAACCGAGGAAGAAGCUGAAAGGAAACGGCUCUGUGUUUGUGCUCUCUCAGGAUGACCGCUCCCCGUCAGGCUGAUGUCACACUAGCUCGUCACCCUCACACACUAGCUUUAUCACUCAACAGCCUGACCAGUUCCUGACACACUAACCAUAUUCGGUCAGGCAAGUUAGUUCCAAUCUGGUGACUCGGGAUGUCCCGUAGGACGGCAGCAGGUCGUCUACCUGAAGGGCUGGUUUGAAUAAGGGUGAGGCUGUUGGGCUCGCCCAGCGUUGCAUUCUUCUUAGAAUGAACUUGGUUUACAGUCAUUGUUUAAGAUUUCCGAUCUUUUUUUUUCUUUUUUUUUUCGCAAUGUGAGAUACUAACAGAAAUGUUAGGUUUAAUAUUUAUGGCGCAAACGUCGGGGGGGGAAAAGAAAAGAUGCUGUCGACAGUGAUGACAGAUGAACGUAUUCAUGGUUACUUUGACACCAGAGAGGCUGAAAGUACUGAAAGGACAGAAAAGAUUGUCACACAUAGAUCUGAAUACCGUAAAAGUCCACAGUAAUUGCCCUGGUCUGAGCACAACCUGAAAAAGACCUCAAGAAAAUCUGUACAGACAGGAGACCAGAGACACAGAAACAACCCGGUCCCUGCAAGAACUCUGGAGCACCUCUUUGGCGUGAUAUUUCAACUGUCCACACAUUUAGUCCAAUUUUGUUUUCGUUUUUGUUUGUUUUUGUUUUUGUUUGUUUUUUUU